AUGGAGUCGAACAUGUACAACAACCUGCGGAAGCUCAUCACCGUGAUCGACGAGCUAAGGGACAUCGGGCUGCAAAAGUAUAUCAACCUGCCACGUAUAUGCGUAGUGGGUACACAGAGUAGUGGAAAGAGCAGUGUGCUGGAAUCGAUAGUGGGGUUGGAUUUCCUACCGAGAGGAGAAGGUAUAGUCACCAGGAGGCCCAUAGAAUUCAGGCUGAUCCAUAUAAAGGAAGAUAGCGAAAUUAAGCAUUGGGCCAUAUUCGAAGAUGACAAAAAUAAAAAAUUUACCGAUUUUAACGAAGUCAGGGAACACAUAAACAAUUUAACAGAUGAACUAGCUGGAAAAAAUAAAGGAAUUAUAGACGAGCCAAUUGUGCUGAAUAUAUAUUCGACUAGCUGUCCGGAUUUAUCACUUAUAGACCUUCCAGGGAUCACAAGAGUUCCGCUUAAAAAUUCUGAUCAGACAGAUGAUAUAGAAAGACUAACGAGAGAAAUGGCAUUUCGAUAUGUAAAAGAUCCCAGGACAAUUAUCUUAGCUGUGUUGCCAGCCAAUGCAGAUAUGUCAACAAGUGAUGCUCUGCAAAUAGCGAGGAAAGUAGAUCCAAAAGGGUUAAGAACAAUAGGAGUAAUUACAAAAAUUGAUUUAAUGGACAAAGGAGCAGAUGCAAGUAAAAUGUUAAUGAAUGAUGAAAUCACUCUCAGGUUGGGAUACACAGGAGUGGUGAACCGAUCCACAGCAGAUAUUAGAAGUGGAAAAUCAAUAGCCCAAUCGUUAAAAGACGAAUUAGCAUUUUUUCAAUCGCACCCAGUCUAUAGGAAGUUACCUCCAACACUCUACGGCACGACAUCACUCACGGAUAAGCUAACCAAAGUACUCCUUAGACAUAUCAAAAAUUUUCUCCCAGAUAUUAAAGUCGAAAUAAAUGAUAAAAUUAGACUCAUUAAUGAUAAGUUAUACGAACUUGGAACCAACGUUCCUUUGGAUGCAACGAAAAAGACACAACUCCUAUGGUCCAUGAUUACAGAUUAUUGUGAAAUAUUUAAAAAUACAUUAAAGGGGAAAUAUGAUAAGAGGUUACAAGUCUUCAUAGAAAAUAAUGACAUAAUUUGUGGACUCAAAGUUAGAAGCAUUUUUAAUGAGUUCCUUGACGAGUACGUAGGGAAAAAUGUAACAAGCGAACUAAGCGAUAACGAUAUUGAUGAUGCCAUUUGUUUACAUGAAGGAGAUAGUUUGCCAGGAUUCCCUUCCCCCGAUACUUUUGAAUUCCUAAUCCUACCACAUUUAAAAAAAAUUAAUGCACCAGUGUUUAACUGUCUAGAUAAAGUUAGUCAGACUUUAGAAAUACUGUCCCAAAAAAUUGCUAACCGAGUAUUGACAAGAUUUCCCAAGUUAUCUGAACAGGUUCUAGACCUGUCUCAAACAAUACUCCUCAGAGAAAAAGAAAACACUCAUAAUAUACUCGAAAAUUUUAUCGAUGCAGAGACCAAUUAUUUAUUCACUAAUGACUCUUCUUACCUAAUCGAACAUGGAAGUAUAAUUAAUGCUAAUGAAGAUGAUCAAAAUAACGAAAGUGGUAGUCAAGACUUUAAUUCUCAUCAGAGAUCACAAAAUAAAAGGCAACAAUCUAAUCUAUCCAACUCAAAUAUAGAUAAUAAUAAUAAUAAUAAUAACAUGCAGAGUAAGUACUACUCCAAUAUGAUGAGUGAACAGGAGUAUAUUACUGGUAAGGCUGCCAAGUUUGUCAACACUGCUCAGAAGUCUGUUAUGAAUAUGUGGAAUGCAAAAGAGAAAAAAAAGACUAGAUAUAAUGCUCAGUUUAUUCAAGAAAUCAGACGGAGGUUAGAUUGCUACUUUAAUAUUGUCUUACGGAAUGUGAGAGAUAGUGUACCCAAAAUUAUCGGUUACUUUCUCAUUAGGAAACUCCAAGAAAAAAUGCAGUUCGAGUUGUACUCAGAUUUAAACAGUGAACAGAAACUCUACGAUUUGUUAAAUGAACCUCCUCAUGUUGUUAAAGAAAGGGAACACCUGAAUAGACAGCUGGAUAUUCUCAAAAAAGCCAAUCAGGUUCUCCUCAAAGAUCCCAAUAUCACUUCCAUCAAUUUGGACCUCUUCGAUGCGAACUAUGAACAGGACUUGAUUGAAUUCCAGAAGAGUUUAAAAACCGGCAAUUCGCAGUCUGCCCCCCAGAUGUACAAGCAAACGAUGAGCUCCUCGCAGGGCAGUAUGCACAGCCUGGGAGAUGGCCCCUCCAUCAGCAAGCGCAACCCAAUGAUGCAAAACCGGAACGCCUCGCCCACCUCCAUGAACUCAAAUAUGAUGAAACCCAGCGGCAUGAUAAAUCAGAAGAUGCCCUCCUCGACCUACAUGCAGCAGAAUCUGCUCAACGAUUCCAAGGGAAAGCACUUGUUCGAAAAGGAGCCCAUGAAGAAAAAGGUGCAGUACAACCCCCUGUUCGAUUAG